AUGGAAUGCGGCGCGGGGCGCGCGCUGGUGGACGUGGAACGGCGGCAAUCGCGGAGUUUGGACGGCAACGGACGGCUGCGCGAUUCCGCGGCCGGCAGGACGGCAGGAGGAGACGGCAACUCCAGUCGUUCGGCAGCAUUUUCUAAACGGCCGGCGGCGGCUUUAGCAACUGUAGAAGCCGACGCGGCGCUUGAGGGGAAGGCGGCGGCGGCGAGAGCGGGGAACGGCGCAACUGAGGGAGGCGGAGCAAGUGCGGGGGAGGGCGCAUGUGGGCGGGAGGGCGCAAGUGGGGGAGCUGGCGCAAGUGCGGCAACAAGAGAUUCAGAAGCGAACGUGCCGGGUGACGUGGCAGCAAGUGCGCAAGCGGCGGAGGCGGAAGGGGGAGUGCGAUCAGAGCACACGGGGAAGGCGGAAGGCGCCGAAGGUGGGGAAAGCGGUGGCGGAGAGCGCGCAGAGGAGACCCGCGGAAGAGAUGUCAGACAGGGGAUAGGCCGACGCCGAAAGGGGAUAGGCGCAAGAGGGUUUGGGGGAAUCACGGUUGGCGGAGGAGCAGCAGAGGCGAGCGGUGGGGAGGUAUGCAGCAUGGUUGAACUAUGGAACCCGUUUUAUAACGAUGAUGUUAUUAGCAUCAAUUGCAGCAGCAGCAGCAGUGAAUCAGAGGAGGGUAGUGGCGACGACAAGGAGAGGAAGGGGACGGGGACGAGGGAGAAAAGGAGCAAGAGGGGGAAGAGGGGGAAGAGGGGGAGGAGGAAGGUAGGCGAUGGGAGCAGGGAGAAAAAGAACGAGGAGUGUUACGGUGGUAUGGACGAACGGGAGGGAUUUCUGAGUCGACUCAAAAAUCGGAAGGAAGGCGAUGGGAGCAGGGAGAAGGAGAACGAGGAAUGUUACGGUGGUAUGGGCGAACGGGAGGGCGGAGAGGAGGGGGAGGAAGAAGGGGAGGGCGCGGAGGGAUUGGUGAAGAGCGGGAGCAGUGGUCAGUGGCAUUUGAGUCGACUCAAAGGUCACCUGGAGGGCGAGGAUGGGUUGGUGAAGAGCGGGAGUAGUGGUCAGUGGCACCGGCAAUGUCGGCUCUCCUACGUGUCAUGGAUCGGCCGUCUACGGGGAGAGUCGAAGUUAUCGCCUGAAUGGAAUCCCAUUUUAAGGCACUACAAAACCGCGGAUGACAUCAAGGAGGAAAGCUCUAUUUAUGACAUGAUUGAUGUGGACAAAGAAGGCCGACCACUGAUCACUGUCGUGUUGCCAGAUCAAGACCUUGUCGGCAACUCCAAAGCAUACGCUUCCUUCAUCCACAGCAGCCUGUGUGAAAAGUACGGCCACUUGCAACAACCAACCAACGGAUCAGAUUCAGUUGGCCUGCGGGAUCUGACGGUUCCAAUUUCUGCAGUGGACCAGUCGUCAGAUUUUACCCAUGCUGGAAUGACACAACAUGUCAAUCAGCCGAAGAAUCUUAAUGGUCCCCGCACCCAGCUUCUCGAAGAGACAUCUGACAGCUUGUAUUGCUCUACCUUCAGUGUGUCGCUAGAAGGGAUCAGCACCACCAUCCACGACUCAAGGCAUGAUGAAAUCAGUUCAUCAGCAGAUGACAGCAUACCCGAUAGCACCUUAUCUGAUACCACCAAAAGUCGUCAUCAUCAUCAUCAGCACCAUGGCAUCACAAGUCAAGGCCUGCUGGUUCUGGCAGCGCCAAAGCCCCUGCUGCCGGCCGUGCUGCGCUGGUUGCAGCAGCAGGGGUGGGUGCAGUGGAUCGCCCCCCGGCCCCGCUCCCGCCUGCACAACCGGUGGGCCUCAGCUGUCACUCAAAGCGGCACCUCCAUUGGCUUAGACGAUGACCCGGGGUUCGGAUCCCCAGGGUUAGGCAGCAGUGGAGGUAGUGAGCAGCAGAGGAGUGAGUUCGGGGCGGCACGGCCGAUGUGGAGUGCGGGAAUAACGGGAUCCGGGCAGAUUGUGGGGAUCGGCGACAGUGGCAUCGACAUGCAGAGCUGCUUCUUCCGCGACGAUGCAGUGCCCCUGCCAGGCCCCACGCACCGCAAGGUGGUGCAGUACCGGGUGGUCAACGGCGACACAGUAGACGAGCUGGGGCACGGCACCCACGUGGCCGGCUCCGUCGCAGGCGCUUGCUCGCAGCAACAGCAAUCACAACAACCGCAGCAGGGGCAGCAGGGCCAGCAGGGGCAGCAGGGGGUGAAGGGGCCGGAGAGUGUGGAUCUGUACCCUGGCAUGGCACCUGAUGCACGCAUUGCGUUUACUGACAUGGGCGAGGGCGAUGUGGGGUACAUCAUGCCACCUGGCGACCUGGGCAGUGGUUACUAUGGGCAGGCAAUGAAGGCGGGGGCGUUGAUCCACUCGGACUCAUGGGCGUCAGGAGUGUUCGCAUAUGACUACAUGGCACAGUCUGUCGACCGGUUCACCUUCAACAACCCUAACUUCCUCCCAGUCGUCGCGGCAGGCAAUAUGGGCUCUGUGCACCGAGACAAAGAGAUCUUUCCUCCCCCAACCCACCUCCGCUUUCCACCCCGCCCUGUCCCCCCAGUCUCCAUCUCUUCACCUGCCCUCGCCAAGAACUGUCUCACCGUCGGUGCAACCCUCGGCAGUGUCGGCUCCUCCCCGCCCCUCCUCGCCACGCCCUUCAACCUCUCCCUCCUCGCGCCUUCCCCCUCUCUCCUCCCCUCCGACCGCGCCUGGUACCCCCUCCUCUCGCACGCAUUUGGCGCCACCUUCCAGCCCGGUCUCUGGGAGGAGGGGGUGCCGUGGGGGCUGGUGAGAGGGGAGCCGAGGGAUGGGUGUAGAGCGGUGCGGGACGGUAGUGGGAGCAUGGGAGGGAGUGUGGCUGGGAUGAUCGUGCUGCUUGACGCGGGGAACUGCCUGUUUGCGGAUAAGUUCAGGAACGCCCAGGCAGCAGGCGCAGCAGCAGCAGUGAUCGUGGCCAACGACACUCUCGGCUACUUCCCCAUGGCUGCUCCCUUUGGCGCUGACCCAAGCAUCACCAUCCCAGGUGGUUCCGUGCCCCAAGCAGUGGGCGCCAUUCUAGAUGCUGCUCUCAGGAGAGGCCAACCCGUGCAGGUGUCCAUCUCACCCCUGGCAGUAUCCCUCGCCUUCCGCCCGGCCAGCAUGGCUCGCUUCUCCUCGUGGGGUCCCACACCCGAUGGCCGCAUCAAGCCCGACAUCACUGCUCCAGGUGACCGCUACCCGAUAGACGCACCACCCUCCAUGAACCAGGGCUUUGGCCGCGUGCAUCUGGCCAAUGCUGUGCCUAUAGCGGGUACAACGUCCUUCACUACAGUGGCGAUCGAGGGACCUGCCCUGAAGACCGGUAACGGUUACCGCAUCUGCUUGCUGGUUGAUCCUGGGAGGAGUGAUGGAGAAACAGGGAGCAACGAUGUCAAGAUCACGCUCACCUGGUACGAUGCGCCGGCAGCCCUGGUGGCGAAUCAGAACGCAGCAACGCCACUGCUGGUGAACAACCUGGACCUCUCAGUGACCUCCCCCACGGGCCACACCUUCUUUGGGAAUGGGGGGCUGGCUCCUGAUGCCCGCAACACUGUUGAGCAGGUGCACAUCACAGCGCCACAGCAUGGAGUGUACACAGUGGAUGUGAGGGCAGUGCAGGUCAACAUGCCCAUGCCAGGCACGGCAGCAGACACCACUUCACACGCCUCACCAGCCAACCCAUGGGCAAGCGGACCCCCCUCCCCCGCCCCUAUCCAGCAGCCCCUCUCUGUCCCACCCCACUCAUUCUGCCUCUAUUACACCCCCCUCUCCCUGCCCAUUCCCGCCCUCUCCCAUCCAGAUGUGCAAGCGUACCCCCCUCCCCCGCCCCUAUCCAACAGCCCUUCUCUCUCCAUUCCGCUCCUCUUCCCCGCCAGCCCCGCCACCACUGUCCUCUGCGGUCUCACUCGGGUCACCACCAUCACCAGCAGCAGCUACAGCACCAGCAGCAGCAGCAGCAGCAGUGCCGCAUCAGCAGCUGUUCCCAGCACUGACGAACUGAUGGAUUAUGCUGCAACUGACUCGUCUGCAGUGUUGGAGGAUGGAUGGGGUGGCGGACGGGGGGUGCAGGGUGCAGAGGCAAUGAGUGAGGAGGCCGAGGGUGGGGUGUUGGGUAGUGUGGGAGGAGGAGCAGGAGAGGCAGGAGGGGAAAGCGGAUGGGCAGAACAAGGGGCAGACAAAGGGGAGGCAGGAGAAGUGGGAGAAGCAGGAGAAGCAGGAGAGGAAGGAGGAGCAGGGGUAGCAGAACUGGGAGGCGCAGGGGAAGAAGAGAGUGGUGUGGUAGUGCUGCCAUGGGGCCCUUGCACCUCACCUGUCACCUUCCCAUUCCUCGAUACUGGCACCUAUGUCUUCUCAGCGCAGCUCCUAGACACCUCCUACACCAACACCCUCAUCAGCCCUCUUUACAGGACCACCUUCGUGAUAGAUCACGAAGCACCCACCACCACACUCACCUCGGUUUACACCCCUGCUACCACCGCAACCGCUUCUUUCACCUUCUUCUCCCCAUCUGCUGAUGUCAGCCACUUCCAAUGCCAGCUCAGCGCCUCGUCGCUCUCACCUCCCCCUGCCGACCCCAUCACCCCGCAGCCAAUCACGUUCGGCGAAGCAACCACCAUCCCCACCCGCCUGCUCGAGUGGCUGUUCCCCCCCUCUACAGUAACACAGAGCGAGCAGCUCCCAGCCACAAGCCCAGGAGGACAAACCCCUCGUUUAAAUCACACUCAGAGGAGCACCGCUUGGGCUAAUUGCACCAGCCCAGUGACUUACCCUGGUAUUUAUGAUGGUCGCUAUGCCUUCUCUGUGAGAGCUGUGGAUCAGGCUGGGAAUGCGGAUCCUAACCCCCCUAUAGUCACAUGGACGCUCGAUACUGUCCUGCCGAAAGCUGUGAUUCUAGAAGCGCCAGUGGUAUAUUCGAACCAAGGGAGCGUUCGGUUCACGUUUGCGCUUGAUGGACAGGUGGACUCUGCACAGGCAGCGGCCUCACAGAUGGCUUUUGAGGAGCUUCAGGAAAUGCCGAUGUCGCCCACAGGCUGUCUUCUCCUUCUUCUCCCCCAAAAUGGUUACCUUCACCUGCCGACUCAACCCCUCCUCUCCUCUCACUUCCUCUCCCUCAUCUUCCUCCUCUUCCUCCUCUUCCUCCUCUCCUUCCUCUCCACCCCUCUCUUCCACCACUCCCCUCUCGCCAUGUGUCAGCCCCGUGCGCUACGACCUGCCAGAUGGCACGUACACGUGGCAGCUGUCAGCCGUAGACUGGGCGGGGAACGAAGCAGAGCCGGUGCUGCUGGAUUUCACGGUCGACAGCACACCCCCAACAGUGCAAAUCCUGUCUCUCUCCGUCGUACCUGA